UCACGCCACCUGCGUCCUCAACGCGUACGCCCAGUAAUACGGAAGUGCUGCCUGUUUUGUUUUGACGGAAUAUGAUGCUUGAGCUAUGCUUCGGAAAAAAGGGCCAAUAGGAAGAAUAUCUGAUUUUAAGACCUGAACCCAGACCAGGUGGAACUGCUAAGCUUCCAGUGAUCCAGCCACUUGGAGCCAUGGUGUGCUGCUACUCCUGCCCCAGGCUCUGCUCCCGUUCCUCGCUCUACACUCUGGCGCUGGGCUUGGGCUUUGUUACAUUGGGGACCAGUCGCAUUGUGCUGCUCAAAUUCUCUGCCAAUGCUGAAAACAAGUAUGACUUCCUCCCUGCAUCUGUUAACCUGUUUGCCGAGGCUCUUAAGCUGCUCUUCUGUCUGGUUAUGUCGGUCAGAGUGAUAGUCAAAGAGGGAAGAUCAUGCAGAGAUCUGGGCUGCGCCUCCAGCGCCUCCUUCCUGAUCUCUCUGAAGUGGGCUGUCCCUGCGUUCCUCUACUUUCUGGACAACCUCAUUAUCUUCUACGUGAUGACCUACCUGCAACCGGCCAUGGCAGUGUUGUUCUCCAACUUCGUCAUCCUGACCACAGCUGUUCUCUUUAGAGUUGUUUUAAAGAGGCGCCUGUCUUGGGUUCAGUGGGCAUCUUUAGUUAUCCUUUUCCUGGCCAUCGUCUCCUUGACAACAGGAUCAGGGGGCAGCCAGAACUCCAUAGCGGUGCCAGGCCUCCACUCAAAUCCCCUCUCCACCCCCUCCAACUCCUGCAUUCUCUACACCCAGCUCCUGGAGCAGAUGAAAAACAGCAGCGCCUCUGAAUCGUGGACGUCGUCGCUGCCCGGUCAGGCCUGGAGGGACAGGAUAGUGGGGAAGAUGCAGUCUCUAGGUGUGGGUCACAUCCUGCUCAUCCUGCAGUGUUUCAUCUCUGCCAUGGCCAACAUCUACAACGAGAAGAUUCUCAAAGAGGGCGACCAGCUUACGGAGAGCAUCUUCAUUCAGAACAGCAAACUGUAUGUCUUUGGCGUGGUGUUUAAUGGUCUGACUCUGGGGCUCAGCAGUGACGCUCGAGGACUCACCAUUCACUGUGGCCUUCUCCACGGACAUAACAUUUACUCUUUGGCAUUGGUGCUGGUCACUGCUGCCCUGGGUUUAUCUGUUGCCUUCAUCUUAAAGUUCAGGGACAACAUGUUCCACGUUCUGACGGGCCAGAUCACCACCGUACUAGUCACCGGAUUCUCGCUCUUCCUGUUUGACUUCCGCCCCUCGCUGGACUUCUUUCUGCAGGCCCCCAUAGUCCUGCUAGCCAUUUUUAUUUACAACGGCAGCCGACCAAAAGACCCAGAGUACAGCCUACAACGGGAGAAGCUGCGGGUCAUCAAUGGAGAGGUGUUCGAGAGGUCCAGAGGGGACGGCGAGGAGCUGGAGCUGCUCGCUAAGGCCAACACAGACAGCGAAUCUGACGAGGAAUCCUUGUGAUCCCCGAGUUUGGGGCAUGCAGUUGCUGCUAAAACUACACCGCACAGAAGUUCUAAGCUCUUCACACAGCAGGAUCUCUGUCAAGGCAUUUAUUUGAACGACUGCGAGUGGAUAAGCAGUAACUAAUGGUGUUCAACGUGAGGUUCUAACUUAUAUUCUGAAAUGUGCCUGUUUGUGCAUGACUGCUGUCAUUUAUGUUGCGACAGAACAGUGGGAUGUAAAAAAAAAAAAAA